ACAGGAGAUAUAAAGUUUUUUUUUUAUUACUGUUUUACGUCUUCACUAAAGAUUUUAAAGGUUUUAAUUUGUACAGAUUUUAAUUAAUUUUCUAAUUUACUAUUGUUAUUCUAUUAAUAUUUUAAGCUGUUUACAUAAUAGUGGUAUUUAACUUUAAUAUUUUAUUAAAUUAUAUAUUAAAAAUGAGUGAUAGCAGAAUACCCAAAGUAACUCCAGCUUCUAAAAGGGUACUUGUCCAACCUAAAUCUUACAGUGCUUUCACAAGUACAACAUCCAAUUCAAAUACGAAAAAUGCAGUACCAACUCUUACUAGACAGGCAACUAAUCUUACUAGUACUAGCGCCAGACGUAUUUUGCCUAAUCGUAAUUUAAUGAGAAGAAGUAAAUCAUUUUCUUCAUUAAAAUCGGCAUCAAAAGAAAACGUUCCUUUCAAAAAGCCAACACCAGUGGUUAAGCCGUCAUUGCCAUCAAAAAGAGCUGCAUCUUCGGAGCUAGCACCAAAUCCAUCAUCUUCUGCUCCAAAGCAAGCUAAAGUAAAGAUACCUCCAUAUGAUUUUAAAGCUAGAUAUAAUGAUCUUUUAGGCAAACAUAAUGCUUUAAAAGAAAAACAUUCGGUUAAUGAGAAUAAGAUAAUUACUUUGGAAAAAGAAAAUUUAACCAUUAAGCAUGAUAUUGUAAAUUUAAAAUCACAAUUAGAGGGAAUAACCUCAGCACAUGAUAAACUGAUUCAGGAGCAUAAACAGUUGCAGACGACUUCCUCUGAGGUUACAUCAAAAUAUAAUAAUCUUGAAAUUCAAAAUUCAAUACUUUCUCAAAAAUAUUCAGAUACUUGUCAAUUGCUGAAAGAAACUGAAAGUAAAAACUUAGAAUAUCUAGACAAUGUAAAACAUUUAACAAAUGAAAAUAAAGACUUAGAAACUAAAGUUGGAACCCUUAAUGCCAAAGUGAUUUCUCUCGAGACUUCUGUGAAAGAAUAUGAAAUCUUACUGCAAUUAGCUCAUGUACAAAGGAAAAAUUUAAAUAACCAAAUUUUGGACUUGAAAGGCAAUAUUAGGGUAUUCUGCAGAAUCAGGCCACCUCUUCCUGUCGAGAGAGAUGAAGAAUUAUGUGACUGGAGCUUUUCUGAUGAUUGUUCUUUAAAUGUAGCCAAGAGUUGCGAGCAUACAAGUUCCUUCAAUGGAGCAGCUACGCCAACAAAACACAAUUUUGCAUUUGAUAAAGUUUUUGCUCCGUGUGCCUCACAGGAGAAUGUCUUUGAAGAAGUUGAGGGACUUGUGCAGUCUGUUUUAGAUGGCUACAAUGUCUGCAUUUUUGCAUAUGGGCAGACUGGUAGUGGUAAAACAUACACUAUGGAGGGUUCUGAACACAAUAUGGGUUUAAUUCCAAGAUGUAUCGAAUUUAUAUUUAAAAAAGUUUCUGAUCUGAAAUGUGUAGGAUGGUCUUUUCAAAUUAGCUCAUCAUUUUUAGAGAUCUACAACGAGCAAAUACAUGACCUACUCGAUUUGUCCAACAGAGAUCUGGAUAUACGUCUUGCUAGUUCUCUAGAAAAAAAUAUUGUUUAUGUUACAAAUUUGACUGAGAUUAUUGUUGAAAGCCAAAAUGAAUUGAAAGACCUUUUAAGAAGGGCUCAACAGAAUAGAGCAACUGCUCAGACAGAAUCCAAUGAAAGAUCUUCUAGAUCUCAUUCUGUUUCAAAGAUCAUUAUAUCUUCAUCAGAUCCAGCUACCGGUGUGAGUUUCACUGGUGUUCUUAAUUUGGUUGAUUUGGCAGGAUCAGAGAGUCCAAAGACUUCAGUAAGAAUGGAUGAGACCAAGAACAUUAAUAAAUCUUUAGCACAACUUGGAAAGGUCAUAUUAUCGCUGCAACAAAAACAGUCACAUAUACCAUAUAGAAGUUCAAAAUUGACAUACUUGCUCAUGCCGUCACUGGGUGGCAAUUCAAAAACAUUGAUGUUUGUGAAUGUAAAUCCUCUAUCUGCCAAUUAUUCGGAGUCUAUAAAUUCAUUAAGAUUUGCCUCACAAGUAAAUCAAGUGAAAACAUUAAAGGCGAACAGAAAUAAAUCCAAAUUGCCAAAGUAG